AUGUCAGAGAAGAUGGAUCUAAGAGGUGGUGCAGAUAGGCUGAGCAGCUUGCCAGAUUCUCUGCUAUGUGAGAUACUCAUGAGUUUCUCAACAGAUGAGGUGGUUAGGACUAGUGUCUUAUCCACCAGAUGGAGAAAUCUCUGGAAAAAUGUACCUGUACUGGAUCUGGACACUGACGAUUUCCCAGAGGAAGACUCCUUCGUGAGUUUCGUCGAUAGGUUUCUGUGUUUCAACAGCGAUUCCUGCUUACAGAGUUUCAAGUUAAAGUACCAUUACGGUGAAGGCAGUGCUCACGUCACGCGGUGGAUCAGCACCGUUGUUGACCGGAAAGUCAAACAUAUCUGUCUUUUGAACGGUUCAUGGGAUGCUCAGAUGCCUACAACGCUCUACACUUGUGAGAGGUUGGUUUCCUUAGCGCUCGAUGGCGUAACCUUUCCUAGCCCUAACCCUAGCUCCAAGUCUGUGUCUUUGCCUUGUCUCAAAGAUAUGGAUCUCAACAAGGUUAAGUUUGCAAACAAUUUGGCUUUCGAAAUGCUCAUCUCAGCCUCUCCGGUUCUCGAGAGUUUAAGAUUAGUGAAUGUUUCCUCUGAGAAUGUUGAUUGUUUCCGCGUGUGGUCCAAGUCUCUACUGAGUCUCACUCACAUCGCCCGGGUUAUCGGUGGUGGUGAGAAAGAUUUGGUAUUUGAAAUUGAUGCUCCACGGCUUCACGACCUCUACCUUGUUGAUGGUGUCGUCUAUGAUUACUUAAAAUGUCAACCACUGCCGCUAUUUCCCAACCUAACUUCCCUGCGUGCCACCGGCUACUACAAUUGGCAUAUGUUGCUAGCUUUUCUUGAGAGCUGCCCGAAUUUAAAACGUCUCGUCUUGGGACCUAGUAGAAAUUCGCCGGAGAACGAAGGAGUUAGUAGUUUAUCUGGACGUCAAUGUUUCAUGUCAUCUCUUGAGUAUGUUGAGAUACAAAGGCCAUGGACGAAUUCACAAAGGAAGGAGAAUCUGUUAUCCUCAAAACACCGGUUAGUGAGUUAUUUCCUUGAGAACUCAACGCUAUGCUUGGAUGAUUCCAGAAAGGAAGGAGAAUCUGUCAUCCUCAAAAGACCCCUUACUACUCCAACACUCUCUGCCUCAUGCCAACUCAACAAUCCUUAA